ACCUCUUAUCCCAAACAUCCUGUCCAUACAUUGGGAGUGUACUGCUGUGGAGGAUACAGGGCCUACGUCCUGAACAGCGAGAAGAGGCGCUCGCAUAAUCUGGACUUGUCCGCGCGCUUGACGCUGCAACGCGUUACCUCUGACUGGUGGCAGCUCAACACGCACCGUUGCCACAGGCGUCCUGGGUCCCAUAGCACCGCUUGCGUAACAAUGGUCGGUCCAGGGAAGUCUGCACUCAGGCGGAGCAUGGUAAUGUUCGUGCUCUUUCUCGCCAUUCUCCAAGCACCGCUGCUGGCUGCCUCAGCUGGUGUCUCAUUGACCAAUACAACAGUCCGACUACGCCUUGGAACCCCAACUCAAUCUGCAUUUCUGCUCCCAGACGACCGGUCAUCAAGGUGCCCACCCUGCCCCGAGCCGUCGUGCUUCAAUUGUCAAUUGCCGGCCUUCUCCUGCGCUCAGUUUGGGGAGUGUAAUGAAUACGAUGGUCUUUGUCAGUGUCCGAUCGGGUUUGGUGGCCAGGACUGCCUGUCACCGCUGUGCGGCAGCCCAGCCGACGGCUCGAAACGAUUUCCUCGGGAAGACGGAAGUCUCGGCUGCCAGUGCUCAGACGGGUGGGCAGGAAUCAACUGCAAUGUGUGCCAGAGCGAUCGAGCGUGCGAUAAUUUUCUGCUCGCAGGCGACCGUCUCGGCGAGAACGGGACAUGCUACACCGGCGGGCAAACAAUCCGCCAGAAUUUCCAGCAAUGCGAUGUGACCAAUCGCAAGAUCCUCGACAUGCUCCCCGGCCGGCCGCCACAGGUCACGUUCAGCUGUGAUAAGAACAAUGAAGGGUGCAACUUUCAGUUCUGGAUUGGUCACCAGGAGUCUUUUUAUUGUGCUCUAGAUCAGUGUUCCGAAACUUUCUCCCCAUCGCUCAACACAAACACAACAAGGUACGAGUGCGAGAAGGUUCAGUGCUCCUGCAUCCCGGGCCGCAUGCUCUGCGGCGAGUCAGGCAGCAUUGACAUCUCCGAGUUCCUCGCUGAGGAAAUCAAAGGCCCUGGCAAGCUCGUUUGCAAAUCCAAGGCGGACAAGAAUGGUAUCCAGCGAGACUGUCGCUUCGAAGAGCCCGCCAUGAACCAGCUCAUUUCGGACGUCUUCGGAGAUCCAGCCAUUUUCCUUGGCUGCGAAUCUGGCGAAUGCGUGCAUUACAGCGAGGUUCCCGGUUAUCAGCCGCCCACGAGCCCCCCUCGUUCCGUCUUCUGGGUCGCUUUCUCUGCCGCCGGAGCCGUUCUCUUCGUCGCGAUCGCCUCGGCGGUACUCUACCUCCUUGGCCGCGACGACCAGUUCGACCGCGCGACGGGAGCGGUUCGCCUGCCAGAGGAAGAGAAUACACGCCUCAUGAGCGACCACAUGCCCGCUUCGCUGCACUUCAAGAACAUCUCCUAUCGCUUAGGUGAAAAGAUUGUCCUGGAAGGCGUCAGUGGCAGCGUCAAACCCGGAGAGAUCAUGGCCAUCAUGGGCGCUUCUGGCGCAGGCAAGACCACUUUCCUCGACAUCCUCGCACGGCGCAACAAGCGCGGUGUUGUUGCUGGAAAAACGCUUGUCAAUGGAAGGGAGAUCAGCAACGGCGAGUUCAGGCGAAUCGUCGGCUAUGUCGAUCAAGAGGAGACGCUCAUGAGCACACUGACCGUGUACGAGACUGUGCUGUACUCUGCCCUGCUGCGCCUACCCCGCGACAUGUCACUCGAGGCGAAAAGGCUGCGGACACUCGAGACGCUCGAGGAGCUUGGAAUCCUGGGGAUCAAAGACAGCAGGAUCGGAGGCGGCGGCAUCCGAGGAAUCAGUGGCGGGGAGGCAAGGCGCACGAGUAUUGCAUGCGAGCUCGUCACGAGUCCCAGCGUGCUCAUGCUCGACGAGCCGACGUCGGGUUUGGACAGUUACAAUGCGUACAAUGUUGUCGAGUCGCUUGCGAGCCUCGCGCGCAACUACCGACGCACCAUCAUCUUCACCAUCCACCAACCGCGCUCGAACAUCGUGGCCCUCUUCGAUCAACUCGUCCUCCUGGCUGCGGGUCAUAUUGUCUACUCGGGCCCUUUCGAAAAAUGUGUGGGCUACUUUGAUGAGAUCGGCCAGCCAUGCCCGAUCGGCUUUAAUGUCGCAGACUACCUCAUCGACCUUACAGCAAGUCGCAACGAGAAGUCCGGCAACGGUGGCGAAGAGGUUGACAUCGAGGGUGCCAUCGAGAGUCAGACACCCUCGGCCCCAGCUCCAGCUACAGCCGCAGCCGCACUAGAUGGUAACGAUACGGAGUUGCGGACGCGUCCUCACUCGACUGCUGAGCCGCGUACAACCAGCCUUCGUUCACGCUGGAGCCUCAUUAAUGAAGAUGCACGAACCACUUUCGAGCAUCGAGGCAAUGGCGCUCAACCCGUAUCAGAGCGACUGCAGACGUUGUUCGACCAGUACAACGCCUCAAGCAUUGCGGCUGAUCUGCGAGCCGAGCUGGAGAGCGCCAAAAGCCCCGGCUCCGAGGCGCAGGCUAACACCGAACUCGAUGGCGACGCAGUGUCUGUGUCGACUGGAAGAGAUACUCGAAUAUUCAAGGGGUACAAGAAGGCUGGACUCUGGAUGCAAUUCACCAUUCUUAGUGGUCGGGCGUUUAAGAACCUAUACCGGAAUCCAAUGCUGAUGCUGGCUCAUUACGCCAUGGCAGCGUUGCUUGCGCUCUUCUGCGGUCUGCUUUACCACGACCUCACAACGGACAUCUCGGGCUUCCAGAACCGCCUUGGGCUGUUCUUCUUCAUCUUGAGCCUCUUUGGUUUUUCGUGCCUCACUUCACUCGGUGUCUUCGCCAACGAGCGCGCGCUGUUCGUCAAGGAACGAGCAAACGGAUAUUAUUCACCCAUCACGUACUUCAUCUCCAAGCUACUGUUCGAUAUCUUACCGCUGCGCGUCAUCCCGCCCUUCAUCCUCGGCGCGAUCGUCUACUUCCUCGUGGGCUUAAUCCCAGAAGUCACGGCCUUUUGGAAAUUCCUACUUGUCCUGGUGCUCUUCUCGCUGGCGGCUAGCUCUGCUGUCUUCUUCAUCAGCAUCGCGAUCAAGGACACAGGCGUUGCAAAUCUUGCUGGAUCACUCACGAUGCUCUUCAGCUUACUCUUUGCGGGACUGCUCAUCAACCGCGAUCGCAUCCCCGUGGGACUAAGGUGGCUGCAGCACUUAUCAUUUUUCCACGCUGCGUACGAGGCUCUGAUUGUGAAUGAGCUGCGCAAUCUCUCUCUCAAAGAGCACAAAUACGGCGUAGACAUCGACGUCCCGGCAGCGUCCAUCAUCAGCAGCUUCGGCUUCAAUAGCCAAGCUUUCUGGUGGCCCGAUAUUGCGACACUUGGUAUUCAAUUUGGCGGCUUCACGUUACUCAGCUUGGUGUGGCUGCUAUUAUUUGUGCGAGAGCGCAAGUAAAGUACUUCGCUUGAUUGUUCCCCCUAGAUGAUGGACUUUGACAUGGCUGAUUGCGGGAAAGAAUCGGGCUCAUAUGUACACUACGCAUACACAUGUAGCACUAUCAUGCCCG